AUGAAAUUUGGCUGCCUUUCCUUCCGGCAGCCCUAUGCAGGAUUAGUUUUGAACCAAGUCAAAACAGUAGAGACUCGCUGGCGUCCCUUGCUAGCAGACUACAGGAGCUGCACCGUUGCUGUUCAUAUAGCUGUUCAGGACUGGCAAGAUGAAACAUGGAGAGCAAUUCUUCUGAAUAGGUUUGGUAUGACACCAAAACAAGUGCAAGAUCUGUUGGACAAAGGGGAAAAAUUCGGCAGAGGAGUUAUUGCAGGAUUAAUUGACAUUGGCGAGACAUCACUGUAUCCAGAAACCUUGCCUCCUGAAAAGGUCAUGGAGCUGGAAAAUAAAGCUGUCCUCAGUCAUCUGGAACAGAAAUACUUGACUGUUGUUUCAAACCCAAGAUGGCUUCUGGAACCGAUUCCUGCCAGAGGGAGAAGAGGCGUGUGGCAGGUGGACAUCCCCGAAGAACUGAUCCCUCCAGAAGCGUAG